AUGGUGACGACCUGUACCUACAAUUCACGUGCACUUGCAUCCGAGUCUUCGGUAGACGACGUGCUCAUGCGGGCAAGAAGGAUAAGGUACGACGUCAUCAGCCUAGCCGAGACGAGAAUACGCCAGCAUUUCAACACCGUUUAUGGCACCAGAGAAGAAUUGUUUCUCGGAACAUGCGAUAGUAGAGAAGUCGGCGGAGUCGGCGCUCUCGUCAACACGAGUUUUUCGAUGAACAUUGAUUCACUCGAACAACUUACAACCCGAAUAAGACGUUUACGAUUAAAAAGACGUGAAACAAAUCCGGUUUUGGGAAUCUUCGUCGUUAAUGCGCCGACAUCAAACUAUGACGAAGAAGAAGUCGAUGCGUUCUAUAUGGACUUGGAGAAGUUCUACAGAGAAGACCACACAUUCUUCAAUGUCAUCAUUGGAGAUUUCAACGCCAUGAUUAGACCAACAAGAACGUCUGAAGGACGUCGCAUUGGGACCCAAGUAUUAGAAUGGAACGAACAGGGUGACCAGUUAGCUAAGUUUAUCAUAGCGCCCAAGACAAUCCAUGGUAACUCGCAGUUCCAUGAGCGCCAUCCUCAACGCUGGACGUAG